AUGACAAGCUAUAAAGUCCAUUACUUUGACUUUCGUGCUCGUGCUGAAGCAAUUCGGUUUUUAUUAAGCUAUGGUGGAGUUAAUUUUGAUGAUAUACGAUUUGAGGAAGAUGUUUGGCCGAAAAUUAAGCCAACAAUGCCAUUCGGCAAAGUUCCAGUCCUCGAAGUUGAUGGAGAAAAAUAUUCACAUACAAUUGCCAUUUGCAACUUCCUGGGCGAAAAGUUCAAUCUCGCUGGAUCUAAUGAAAUUGAGAAAAUGCAAAUCCAAACUGCCGCAUUAUUUAUUUAUGACUUAAUUGGAAAAUGUGAAGAUAUUACUUACUACUACAAAGAUGCAUUUGGAAAGGAACACUAUGAGAAGGAAGUCAACAAGCUCAUCAAUGAUAUUAUUCCAACAGCCUUAACAUUAUUUGAUGGAAUUGUUGCAGAUAAUAAUGGAUAUUUUGUAAAUGGCAAGUUGACCUGGGUGGACCUUUAUUUCACAUCUCUUUCUGAAUACUUCCAAGGAUUAUUUACCUGGGCUGAGCUAAAACAUGAUGCAAACUUUGUUGACAAAUAUGAAAAUUUAAAAAGUUUAAAGGAUAAAGUUUUGGCCAUUGAAAAAAUUAAAAAUUGGGUUGAAAAAAGACCAGUUACUAUUGCAUAGACCAAGAAAUUGAGCUAAAGGAUCUUUGAACUUUAUUAUUACCUCAUCAAAUUAUAAAUUGUUCAUGAAUACACA